UCCCUCAUACACCCGCCUUGGUGCUUACACGUAAUAAACAAAGCGACGCUUCUGUCACUGCUGCGUUUUUUUUGCGCUGUUUGAAAAAAAGAAAAGAAAAGUUUUGUGGACAUUUUUUGGGAGUGUUCAUCUCAGGAUAAUCAGACAAUCAAGUGAGAUCCUAAGGCUCUACAGCUCUUUGAAAUGGAUGACAUCCAGGUUGUUGAGUCCAAACCCCUGCUGGUUGACAGGGAGCUGCCGGGUCUGAGGGAGGCUGUGCAGCAGCUCGUUAUCAAGGAGCAUGAUGUGGAGACUCCUCAUGGAAGAAUCCACUGUACGAUGAAGGGGGCUCCUAAGGGGGACAGACCAGUCAUCCUAACCUUCCAUGACAUUGGACUGAACCACAAAACCUGCUGGGACACGCUCUUCAACCAUGAGGACAUGUCAGAGAUCAUGCAGCACUUUGCCGUGUGUCACGUUGAUGCCCCCGGGCAGCACGAGGGAGCUAACACCUUUUCCACUGGAUAUGAGUACCCCUCCAUGGACCAACUCUCUGAGACACUCCCCCUGGUGCUGAAGCACUUUGGGCUGAAGAGUGUUAUUGGAAUGGGCAUUGGAGCUGGGGCCUACAUUCUGACCAGAUUCGCUCUGGACUACCCCAACAUGGUAGAGGGCCUGCUGCUUAUCAACAUCAACCCAUGCGCUGAGGGAUGGAUGGACUGGGCUGCACACAAGAUCAGCGGCUGGACCCAUGCCAUGCCCGACAUGAUCAUCACCCACCUGUUUGGAAAGGAGGAGAUCCACCACAACCAGGACCUGAUUGCAACAUACCGUCACCACAUCUUAAACGACAUGAACCAGUUUAACCUGCAUCUCUUUGUCAAGUCCUAUGAAAGCCGGAGGGAUCUGGAAGUUGAGAGGCCGGUCCCUGGAAGCAAUGUCAGAACCCUCAAGUGCCCUUCUUUGCUGGUGGUUGGUGACAGCUCUCCUGCCGUGGAGGCUGUGGUUGAGUGCAACACCAAGCUGGACCCAACAAAGACUACCCUGCUUAAGAUGGCAGACUGCGGUGGCAUGCCCCAAGUUGACCAGCCUGGAAAACUGACAGAGGCUUUCAAGUACUUCAUUCAGGGCAUGGGAUACAUGCCCUCUGCCAGCAUGACCCGCCUGGUCCGCUCCCGCACGGCCUCCGGCUCCAGCGUCACCUCCUUCGACGGCAACCGCUCCCGCUCCCACACCAGUGAGGGCAACCGCUCCCGCUCUCACACCAAUGAGGGCAGCCGCAGCCGCAGCCAGACGACCGAGAACCAGCGCGGCCGCUCCCACACGGACGGCUCCAUGGACGGCUCGGCCAACAGCAACGUGGACCAGGCCGUGCCCAAGUCCACCGAAGUGUCCUGCUAAGCGAGCCUCUGCUCCCUGGACACCCCACAAAAAACAAAAAAAAGAAACCCUCUCAAGGUCCCUUCGGUUCAUGCUGCGCUGCCUCUAACUGACACACACACACACACACACCACACACACACACACACACACACACACAUUCCUAUGCACAUACACAUUGAUGUGGAGAGGGACACUAAGAUAGCAUACCUGGAUUUGUUAAAACGCACAACGGACGCUCACCUGCAGAGUAUUCAGUGCAGCUGAGAUGGCCUAAUUUGAAAAUAUGAUGUCUUUUGAGUGGGAGGUCAAGGGUCAACUGUAUGCCUGUUUUGUCAUUCUGAGAGAGUCAAACAUAUCUGAACAGUAAAAGCUCUGAGCUCCUGAGUCAGGUGAGUGUGUAGUCAGGGGCAACGCAGCAUCUGGGGACAACCGAAGCAGAGAAUGUCGGAGAAAGCUGUGGCUGCGAGUACACCAGCUUGUACAUGUAUCGCUCAUAAUCUCUCAUACGUAUAAAAAAGUGUUUUAAUUUCCAUUUCUGCAUUCCCUCAUCCUGUUUUUAUCCAUUUUUACCAUAUUGACACAGCUUUCUCAAAUAUACGUGACUGUAAAUGACUGUUUUCUGUUCUCACUGUAAUUGUUUGAUCAUUUAUUCUUUUAUUUUCAAUGUCUGAAGUGUUGUCGUUUGUACGUAGGAGCAGAUGUGUAGAUGUGGAGGGAGAAUGGGGAGGCACUUGGAUAAAUGGAAAAAAAAAAAAAAAGUGAGUUUCCUUCACAAAUUGCAAAUGUAACUUUUAAAAUUAAGGGACAGAUUUCAAGUAUAUCAUGUAUAUACAGCAAAUAAUACCUUUCAUCUUGCCAGUGUCCAUUUUUUCAAAACAUCAUCUGUUAUUUUAACAAUUUUCUAUAUGUUACACAUCUGUUGUGAAUAUUUUCAGGAAUCAAAUGAUCAUUUUUAGUACAUUCCAAUGAGACUGUAAGCUUUGCCAUUAAUCAAAAACACUCUCUCAAACGCAAAUUCAAAAGCUUUUACAUCUUAUGCUUCAUUAAUGGAUCAUGGCCUCAGACAAAGAGGUUUAUUCUCUCUUUUUUUAUGAUGAUUUCUAUGCAAUCAAGCACAACGGAACAAAGAUGUGCCAUGGAAUUGUUCACUUUUUAGACGUGAUGCUCCUAUGUGGUUGUGGAUUUUUUUGGGUGAGUGAAAAUGAUAGGUCCACAUGUUAACAUGAGGAUAGCCAUAGAACUUACCUGACACCUUCUACUCCCGUAUUUUACUUGCACUACAGCAACAUUUUUGCUUCGUAGAACACACACACGGCUUUGUAAAGAUGCGAUGCACAACCGUCUAAUGCUGUAGAAAAGCAUUAAAAUGACAUAACAGUUUGUAUUUAUUAAAAAAAUUACAAUAAAAACCUUGUAACAGA